GUUUUGAUCCUUCUCCGUCAUUGCCAUUUUUUUUAAACACUUAUAUUUUAUACUUUGAAAGUCUUUAAAUAUGUAAUAGCUCCUCUCCUCACUCAUUCAAACAGCUCCUCUCCUCACUCAUUUGUAAAAUAUUUUAUACUUUGAGAGUUUUUAAAUAGCUCCUCCUCACUCAUUCAAAUAGCUCCUCUCCUCACUAAUUUGUAAAAAUAUUUUAUACUUUGAAAGUCUUUAAAUAACUCCUCUCCUCACUCAUUUGUAAUAGCUUCCAUCUUCUAAAUUUCUCCAAAAUGGGAAUCCUCUCCAACAAGAUUUCCAGAGAUGAAGUGAGGCCUGGAGAUCACAUCUAUUCAUGGCGUACUGCCUACCUCUACGCCCACCACGGAAUAUAUGUUGACGAUGGACUAGUCAUAGAGUACAUUCGUGGUUCAUCAACAAAGCUUCCGUGUCGAAUUUGCAGGGGCCGUUCGAGAUCCGGUGGUGUGACUUCCUCUUGCCUUGAUUGCUUUCUAGGCGGAGGAAAUCUAUACCGCUAUGAAUACAAUGUCUCUAAGGCUGCCUUGUUGGCCAAAGUUAGAGGCGGUACUUGCACAACAGCAACUUCGGAUCCUCCUGAGGAUGUUCUUUACCGUGCAGACUUCCUCUUAAGGGAAAACGGGUUUGGUGUUUAUGACCUCUUCGAGAACAACUGUGAAACUUUUGCUAUCUAUUGUAAAACGGGCUUGGUGUCGUGCGAAAAAAAUAGGUUGGGGAUAAGUAGUGGUCAAUCCACUUCGUUUGUUGCAGCUGCUGUCGUUGUUGCCUUACCUGGGCCCGGCUUUUGUGCGUACAACGUUGCUCGUCUGAUUAGUGACAUAGGCAUGCGCGCAAAGAGAGGCGACGAUGGUGUUAACAAGGUUCCUGUUGAAGAGCUCGUUGAUAUGAGGAACGCUGCUUGAGCAUUGCCAGUUGUGACUUGUGACUAUAUGGUUGAAGAUCCCUAGUUGAUUCUUGCUUAUUGGAUCGAAGUCACAAACUUAAUCAAUUUUUAUUUGUGUAUCAAAACUUAAGUAUAUGAUUUUAGUAUGAUAAACUCAAUAUAUAUAUACGAAUAUAUUAUGCUCUAGAGCCCAAUCCUAUCAUUUAGUUCCGACUGAAAAGUUUACAUAUAAAAAAUCUGAAUGUGUGUGUAUAUAUAUAUAUUCAGGGGCGGAUCUAUGUUAUAGGUGGGUGGGGCAUAUGUUUGAUACUAAAUCUAUAAAUAAUAUAUAUAUAUGUAAUACUAACAGUUUAACAACUCAGUUGAUUUUGAAGCUAAAAUAUUUUUUAUAUAAAUCUAAAUUCAAUCUUUUCCAUGUUCUUCCUUUUCUAAUUUUAUUUAUUGAUUUAGUUUUAUUUUUCAAAAAAUUAAUGAAAACUAUAAUAAUUUAUGUUAUA